GUCACGUGACCUCGGCGGAAGUCGCCUCUGCUGCUCGCGAGCGGACGCUUGUAAACAUGCGGUAACCGGAGAGGAUCCCUUCAGUGAACCGCAGUGGGCCAAAACAAGCCUGUUGAACAGACUCGGGUACCGCUGCGCUGGGAAUUAAACCGGGAUUUUAAUGCCGACAGCCUCUGCGCGUGAUUUUAAACCGCUGACAUGGCCGAGGUGGACGCGAAUAAAGUCGACCGUAUCUCCUCCGAAGAGGAUAGGCUACUGUUUCCGGUGAUAGGCUAUGGUUCGAGUGACUGCAGGGUUGAAUAUAACAACCCCAGGCCGUCUCCGGUAACAGGUGGCUGGAUAUGUGCUGACCAAGAAGAGGAAGCAUUGCGCAGGAAGUUAAAGUAUUUCUUUAUGAGUCCCUGCGAAAAGUACCAAGCCAAAGGCCGAAAACCUUUCAAACUGGUGUUGCAAAUACUGAAGAUUAUUAUAGUAACUGUACAGCUGGUACUUUUUGGCCUAAGCAACGAGAUGGCGGUGACGUUUAAAGAGGAAAACACAGCUUCUUUUAAACACCUCUUUCUCAAAGACUACGAUGAUUCAAAUGAUGUGCUUGCAGUUUACACACAGAGUGAUGUUUACGACCACAUGUUUUACACAAUAGAACAGUACCUGGCCUUGCCGGAGACGACAGUGGGCCGUUAUGCGUAUGUGUAUGAUGUCGGUGUGAAUGGAAGUGCGCUCUCUCUGUGUCAGCAGUAUUAUAAAAAAGGCAGGAUCGACCCAGCUAACGACACCUUCAACAUCGAUCCGCAUGUGGUCACAGACUGUGUUGGAGUGAACCCUUUGUCCACUCCCAUAGCAGGUCUGGGCCAUGAUUACAGGAACUUCACCCUCAAGUUUCACAAGCUCAUUAAUGUCACUAUACAGUUCCAGCUGAAAGCCAUAAAUCUUCAGACCAUCAUCCACAAUGAAAUUCCUGACUGUUACACGUUCUUCAUCACGAUUCUGCUGGAUAACAAAGCUCACAGCGGUAAAGUUAAGAUCAGUCUUGAUAACCAGGCCUCCAUUAAGGAAUGUAGAGACCCCAGUGUGUCUGGACACGCUGAUAGUUAUGCUCGAGUGUGGUUUGAUGUGGCCGUUAUAGUGGUUUGUAUUCUCUCUCUGGUCCUCUGCGGUCGCUCGAUCAUCCGAGGAAUCAUUCUUCAAAACGAGUUUGUGAAGUACUUUAAGAGCUCUCUGAAGCGUGAUGUCUGUUGGGGAGACAGAAUGGAGUUUAUCAACGGAUGGUAUAUUCUGCUCAUCAUUAGCGACUUGCUCACUAUCACAGGCUCCAUUAUCAAGAUCGGCAUUGAGCUGAAGAACCUCUCAUCCUACGAUGAGUGCGGGAUCCUCCUGGGCACCUCCACGUUAUUGGUUUGGGUCGGAGUUAUUCGCUACCUCACCUUUUUUCAGAAGUACAACAUUCUCAUUGUGACUUUACGAGCUGCUUUUCCUAAUGUGAUCCGUUUCUGUUGCUGUGUGGCGGUGAUCUACCUCGGUUAUUGCUUCUGCGGGUGGAUUGUGCUCGGACCCUACCAUGUUAAGUUCCGCUCUCUCUCGCUGGUGUCUGAGUGUCUUUUCUCUCUGAUCAAUGGAGAUGACAUGUUUGUGACCUUCAGUGGCAUGCAAGAGAGCAGCAUGCUCGUCUGGGUCUUCAGUCAGGUUUACCUCUACACGUUCAUCUCUCUGUUCAUUUACAUGGUGCUCUCUCUCUUUAUCGCUCUUAUCACUGGCGCUUAUGAGACCAUCAAGCAUCAAACUCAGGAGCCUGUCCAUAUCACUGAUCUGCAUGCGUUCAUCGCGGAGUGCACUGACACACCCAGCUCUGGAAAGUUCCGUGGCAUCGAGACCUCGCCGUGCUCUUUCUUCUGCUGCUGUGACAGAACCACCACAUAUGAGGACGUCCUCCUGGUCAACUAGUAAAGUCACGGGACUUGAUGCCUGAAGACUAAACUCUCUGUUGGUCACACUGUAGUACUGCAACAGGAAGGAAGCCGGUGGCGUGAUGAGAGGAAACCUCCAGACAAAAUACCCAAGAAGCCACGGUCGCUUCACCUCAGACCUUAUGUGAAUAAGAGCACACAUGAUUUUUUUUUUUUUUUACAAAAGAAUCGGUCCGGUCUGGGAUAACUGAAGUUUUACCUCAACCUGUUCAUAGUUUAACUUGAUUGUGGAGGUUGCUACCGCCUCUUAAUCUUUACUGAUAAAAACACUGGAAGGAUAUUAGAGCGAGAAGAAACUGCACACGUGCAGGCGGUAUGUACAGUAAUCAUUCCCACAUGUUUGUUCGGUGCACGUGCUGUGGUGUGCAAGUGGGUCAUCAGUCGCCAAUACUGAGACACGCAGCGGUCAGUGAUUCAUAUCUGUUUGUUCUGUUGGAUAGUUUUUAUGUCUUUGAGUAACGUCUGGUCGUGUUUAAUGUCUGGAGGAGACUGAAUUGGUAGGCCUAAGCAUUCUGCUGCAGCAAAAGAUGAGGAGACCAUGUGACUAAACAUCUUUAAAAAAACUGGCUCUUAUUCAGCAUUUAGAGCGGAAACAGCACUCCCUGGUGUCAUAAUAUCUCCAUUUACCCAUAACAACAGUACAUUCACACCCAGAAUGCCUCAGAAACUUAGCCUUAACACUUUCCUGGUGUGUGAGCUGGCUGUCAUUUGGAGUGUGAUACCUCACUGUUGAUGACUUUUUUUUUUUUUAAAGAGCUUUGACCAUAGUUUUAUUCCACACUGAAUCGAUUUGUUUUUAUAAAAACUGAAUCAAAUGCAUAAAUCUUAUUUUCUAAAUGAUAUUAGACCGCCUUAACCUUGAUGCUUUAGCAUUUUAUAGACUCUGACGGCCACCCUUCAUCGGCAUUGUUUUAAAUCCGAGGCCUUCAAGAACGCUGUUAUAAGAUUACCGCCGAGGUCACGGUGUUCUGUUACCAUGGCGACAUAUUAGAACAAUAGAACUCAUCAAAAAUGCCUGACAUGCAUAACUCACACUUCAGAGGACAAGCCUAAUUUUAUCUUCUCCAUUAUACUUGACCGAUAAGUGAAGGAAGAAUAAAUAUUUGAAAACUGGGGCCUGUGCAAGCCAUUAACUCGGUACAGAAUAAGUGGGACCAGGCAUGUUGUUAUGAUGUCAGCGGAUGGUGAUGAUUUUCCUAUUAAUAUUUCUAUGUUAUUUUAAUGUGGAAUUCUAUCAUGUUGUAAUGUGUUUUAUUUAUAUUGUUCUGUUUCAAGUGAACUUUAAGCGCACAAUCUGCAAACAAACCACACUUUCUAUUACUAACAUGUGAAGCUACACAGCGAUGUUGUUGAGAAAAGUCGCAUUACAUCACGUGUUGUCAGAUGUAUACCUGAAAUAUUUCAUUUUAGCCUGAUGAAUUGUCUUUUUAAUGUUUUGUAAUGGAAAACUUGUCCAAAUGCCUUGCUGACAUUGGUAGCACAAAUAGUAUGUUGAUAAAAUGAUGUAGAAUAAUCUACUGACCUUUCAGUAGCUAAGGAUUUUUCAUUUCUUGAAUUUUUUUUUUUUUUUGUGUUAUUUAUUUUUCCCCCUUUUUAUUUGUUUUAAACACUUGUAGACGUGUCAUUGCACAUUCUGUCCAAACUUGACUGGGUCAUAUUUUUUUAUGUUCACAUAUAUUUGUCCAAUACAAAGAUUUUCUAAAAUCUUUAUAAUGUAGACACUUUCCCUGAGUAAAUUAGAAAGCACUGCAUUGACCACCAAUCAUGUACAUAUUUUCUCACUAUACCGUAUGACCACUAGGUGGUACAAAUAGAGCAUUUUACCACAAAUCUGAGCACUUUUUGGAAUUAGUAGUGUCUGUGGCACCUAAGUUGCACUUGUAAAAUAUAAAAGUUGCCUAUUUAGCCGAUAUUUGUGUAUGUGUGAGAGAGAGGUUCGUAGGCAUGUUUGAAUAGCUGGUCUAAACCGGUGCGCUAACCAUUGCGCUAGCCAGUGCACAUUGUUUGGGCUGGCUAUCUGAAACCACAGAAAGAGAUUACACACGCUGUUCAAACAGAGCAGACCUCUUCAGAUGCUGAUCUCAGACCUGCAGCUAUUCUAGAAAGGCCUGCUUUCCUAUUCUCAAAGUCUGAAUAUGAGCCACACCCAGCCAUUCAAACAGGAAGAGAUUUCAUUUAACCACCUCAAAAAGCUCAUUGUGGUCCUACACAGACAGGUUUUACAGCACUGUAACGGGAUGAUCGUUUUUUCUGAGGCUUAAUUUUGAUUGAUUUCUUAAUUUAUCUUUUCCAGAACUACUACUUUUUAUGUCUAAUGUACUUAGAUGUUCACAAUAUUUCUGUUUUAAAUUAAAGGGUUUACUCCACCGCUAAAUGAACAAUUUGUCACUAGUCACUUACCACAGCGUCGUUCCAAAUCCUUAAAAGCUUUGUUCCUCCUCGGAACACAAUUUAGGAUAUUUUUGAUGAAAACCUGGAGUCUGGUGAAUAUAGCAUUGAUUUCCAGGUGAUGAACACCGUCAAGGUCUAGAAAAGUAUGAAAAACAGUCAGAAUACUCCUUCUGCCAUUAACCGUAUUGUUAUGUAGUGACGGGAACACUUUUUGAAGGCGAAUAAAAUAAAAAUAACAACAAUUUGUCUCCUCUGUGUCUCUUUUGAUCCACUGAUGGAAGAAAGACUCUUCUUGUGAUGUCUUUCAUACUUAGUGGACCUUGACAGUGUUCAUUACUUGGCAGUCACAAACCUCUCAGUUUUCAUCCAAAAUACUGUGACGAACAAAGCUUUUCGAGUUUGGAACGACAUGUUUCAACAUUUUUUUCACAAUAAGUUUUGGGGUGGAGCAACCCUUUAACCGUAUCAGGGUGAGGGUAGCAAAUGCCAGACUUUUGCACCUUAAAAUGAAAGAGGAUAAUUAAUAAUAGUGCUCUAUGAUUGGCUCGACCCAUAGAUUCAAAUUUGCUGAUUAAAGACAAAGCUGAUCUCAAAUAGUAGACAAAAGGAGCAAUGUAGUACAGAACAGAAUCACUUUACUUGUGAUGGGGUAGAGACUGGGCUAACAUUUCUUUUACAAGGUUUUCUAUGUUCUUCUGUAUGUAAACAAAAACCCAAGUGUUGCUUGUCCAUCAAUGACCCUUUCUUUAAUAGAAUGAUGUUUGCUGUCA